AUGAUGGUGAUGAUGGUGGUCAGCAAGACGGGGAGGGAGAAGAAAGACCCGAACGCCCCGAAACGCCCGCCAUCUGCGUUCUUCAUCUUCUGCUCAGAGUACCGGCCGACGGUGAAGAGCGAGAACCCGAGUCUGUCCAUCGGUGAGAUCGCCAAGAAGCUGGGAGAGAUGUGGUCGAAGCAGAGCAUCACAGACCGCGCGCCGUUCGAGCAGAAAGCCCUCAAACUGCGCGAGAAAUACGAGAAGGAGGUGGCAGUGUACCGCACAGGGGGCGGAGCCACUAAAAGGGGGCCGGGCCGACCGACGGGCUCGACUAAAAAGGCCCAGGCUGAGGAUGAAUAUGGUGACGAUGAUGAAGAGGAUGAGGACGAGGAGGAGGAAGAAGAUGAUGAAGAUGAGGAG